GUAUGAUGAUAGUAGAUAGAUAGUGGUUCCAGUUAAAUUUGGCUCAAAAGUAGAAGUGGAUCAAUUUCAUCGACUCAAUGCAGUAGAAUAUAUAUCUGUUUCCAUCAUAUCAACACCUUCAUGACUGUUUUAUACUACUUUUUUAAAAAUAGAUAUUGACAAGCCUUUUAUGAGUACCCCUAUUCUGGCCCAUGGUUCAAUGAAAGUUACAAAUAUUUAUGCAACCGCACAUAAAUCACCGCCAUCUUCCUUUCUGUCUGGAGGCAUUCAAGUCACUUUUAAGGCAUAUAUCAACUUUGCUUUGCUGCGAGAUUCUAAACCAUUGUCCGUCUGAUGUGUCCUUCAUCAAGAGGGCUAAUUUUGGAAACUAUCUUGAUAGGACAUCUGAUGGAGGCAAGAUGGUUUCCAUGACAACAUAUAUGAAAGGAUGCUCUUCACUGUUGAGUUUUCUCAUCUAUCCAUCCAUCUCCAACUGUUAGGUAGUGAAUAGGGUGAUCAGAUAUAACCACCUGCUGAGAGUGAGUAAGUAAAGAUUUUGGUAUCAUGACCACAUACACAGAUAACUGAUAUUCAUUGACACCCUAAAUAAUAAAUUGAUGAAUCAUGUGAUAGUUUGUGAACCAUUUCCCUCUUUUGGCUUGGCAGAGGGCUAUUGGGAGGGAAACCAUUCAUCCUAGUAAAGGAAAUGUGGAAAGGGAUUAAGAGGAUUAGGCCAAAUCAAAGAACUAAAUCCAACUUAAUCUGUUGUUCCACAAAGCAGGAUUCAUAGGAGUAUGAGUAGCCAAAGAUGUAGAAUGGCAAGACAUAAUAUUUUUGUUUAUAUGAAUGAAAUAAUGGUUGAUUGCCAAGAUAAUGGAUUUGUAGUGGCUUUCACAAGUUCAAUAACCAGUCAUUGACCAGGGCCUUGUCUUACAAAGAGUUGUGAUUGAUCCGUUUGAUCAACAAUACAGAAAUCAUUGAUCCCAGCAUCCAUAAUGCAUAAUGUUGCGUAUAUAAGUGUCAUCUUGAUUGCUACAAAAACUACUGCAUUAAAAUUAUUUGUUCACAAUUUUAAUGUAACACUUGCAAAGUUUUCCUUAAAGAAUAUAGUGACUUUGAG